AUGCCAGCGCAGGCCACUUCAGGGAUACCACAGCCGAGCUCAGAGGUGGGUCGUGUUUAUGCUGUUACACGGGAGGAGGCACAGCGAGCUGAGGGAUCGGUUUUUCGAGAUACUGGUAGUUCCCAUUCGUUCAUAUCUCGAGUAUUUCUGGGUAAAAUCGGGAGAUUGCCUAGUCGUCGGACACACGGGCUGACAGUAUCUCUACCAUCUAGCGAGGUAUUGGAGAUGGUGGAAUUUGACAUUAGAUUGGGCAUGGAUUGGCUGGCCAUGAACCAUGCCACAGUUGACUGCAGAGCGAGAGUAGUCACAUUCCGACCUCCCGGUUUACCAUCUUGGUCAUUCAUCGGAACCGGGGGUGAUGGGAUAUCGGUCAUAUCAGCAAUGCAAGCGAGAAGAUUACUGUCGCAGGGUUGUCAGGGAUAUUUGCUGUCUAUGGUUAAAGCUGAUACAGAUGCAUUACCACGACUCUCGGACGUUCCUAUUGUUCGAGAAUUUUCAGAUGUAUUCCCUGACGAACUCCCCGGUUUGCCUCCUAAAAGGCAAGUCGAGUUUACGAUUGAGUUGGUUCCGGGAACCGCACCGGUAUCCAAGACCCCUUAUCGCAUGGCACCAAAGGAGUUAGAGGAGCUGAAGGUUCAGUUACAGGAGCUGUUGGAAUGA